CUGAGGAUCUGCAGGGCUAGUUCAUCACCUCGGAAUACUCGCGUGACGGGAGGGACCUGGGCAGCACCGCCUCCAGCCGCAGCCGCUAUAAAUAAAAGGCUCCCAGCCCAGAAGCCAGGAGAAGUUUCUAGGCCUGUGUCCCAGGGUUUAUUAAGCUCCUGGCUCCACUUUAGACCUUGGCGGCUCUGGCUUCGAGCCUGGACAGCCUGGGAGGACAGAGGCUGGCGGAUCGCGGGUGAGGCGGUGCGGACAGGGCUCUCUGGGAUUCUGCAGGACCAGCCCGAGGAGGCCUGUGGCGGCCGGAGAGUCUUUGGGGGUUGGGACCCCAGCCUGGUGCCUGCCUCCACCCUCCGCGGCGGAUGGUCCAGCAGCUUUUGAAGCUGAAGAAUUAGCUGGAAGGCUAGCCCACCACAUCACCUUGCUGUGUGACCUUGGGCAGGUGGCUCCCUCUCUCUGAGCCUCUGUGUGUGCUCCAGCUCAGCAUCCGCCAUGGCUGAUGGUCAGAUGCCCUUCUCCUGCCACUACCCAAGCCGCCUGCGCCGGGACCCCUUCCGAGACUCGCCCCUCUCCUCGCGCCUGCUGGACGAUGGCUUUGGCAUGGACCCCUUCCCCGACGACCUGACUGCCCCCUGGCCCGACUGGGCGCUGCCUCGACUCUCCUCGGCCUGGCCCGGAUCCCUGAGGCCGGGCACGGUGCCGCGGGUGCCGACGGCCACAGGCAGGUUUGGGGUACCCGCGGAUGGCAGGAGCCCCCCGCCCUUCCCUGGAGAGCCCUGGAAAGUGUGUGUCAACGUGCACAGCUUCAAGCCAGAGGAGCUGAUGGUAAAGACCAAGGACAGAUACGUGGAGGUGUCUGGCAAUCACGAAGAGAAGCAGCAUGAGGGGGGCAUUGUGUCCAAGAACUUCACCAAGAAAAUCCAGUCUCUCAAGGUAAGAACAUCUGACCUGCAGAGAAUUCUUGUCAGUUUACUGGAGCCAAAACUGACGACCUACGCCCAGAGCAAGAUCUCAAAAGAUCCUGAAGCAAAGGAGGGAACGUCUCAGCUGGGCUCCUAACACACCGCACCCUGCCCAGCCUGGGUGUUGUUUACGGAACAAAUCGCAGGCCUGGCUGGGAGCUCAGGUUAGAGAUCGUCGCAGCACGCCAGGCUGGAACCUGGUCAGGGCACAUACGGGAGCCGACCAACGAUGCACCGACAAGCAGAACAACUGCUGUUCCCCUCUCUGCCUCUGUCUGUCUCUCUCUGUCUGUCUCUCUCUGUCUGUCUCUCUCUGCCUCUGUCUGUCUCUCUCUGUCUGUCUCUCUCUGCCUCUGUCUGUCUCUCUCUGUCUCUCUCUGUCUCUGUCUGUCUGUGGAUGGAGAGGAGACGUCUCCAUGGGCAGGAACCUGAAGGGAGAAGGGACCAUGAGAAUGCACCUCCUGAGACAUCACUGCCCUCUUGGCCAGGGCCCUGGAUGGAGGGUGCGACUUAUUUAAAUCUCUCCAGGGGGCGUGGCUUCACCAGACAACCGGACCGUUCCCCUGGGAGGCCACAGAUCUCUCAAAGGCAGGGGCCACAUCUUGUUGGUCUCCGCUGUAUCUCUGAUUCCUCACACACUCCCGGCACACAGAAGGCAUUUUGCAUUCACCGGCUGCAUGGGUGAAUGCUCGGAACAAGUGAAAUCCAAACUCCUUCCCACCGCCUUCAAAGCCCCACGGGAUCCGGCCCGUCACCUCCCAGUGCGGCUCCUGCUCUUGUCCCUCACACACCGUGCGCACUCACCCAGGGCCUCGGCGCUUUCCCUUCCUUCGGCCACGGGUGCUCCGCCAGCUCUCUGCCUAGCCACCUCCUCUCACCCCAAUUUCCUCAGGCUUCUCCUCAGACUCCACCUCCCAGGGAGGCCUCCCCACAGGCGUCUCUGGUCACUGACUAAUAACUACAUCGCACGGUCGCAUCGGCUCCAAAGCACUUUGCAGAACCGUGUCCAUCCGGUUGCAAACACACGUGCAUAUUGCGAUCCGAGCUGCCCCCGACACAGGGCACAUCCACAGACACCCCAGAAUGCCAACGCCGAGAGGGAAGGGCUUUCCUUCCUGUCUUGCCCACCACGGGGUCUUCCAUGCUCAGUGCGAUGUGCAAUGCAUCAUGGAAUAAACACGCACUGAAUGGUUGGGUGAAUGAAUGAAUGAAUGAGUGAAUGAAUGAAUGAGUGAAUGGUGAGCGUGAGUCACCCUGGGAAAUUAAGCCCAGGCAUGAUCUCAACCCCCAGAAACUCAGCUCAUUGCAGCCUGGGGAGCUUCCAGCUUAAGGACACACGCUUUGUCAUCAAAAUAGAUGACCUGACCCUUCCCAGGAGACCGUCAGUGAAAUGACAGCGGGAUAUUUUCCCGGGCUCUCACUCACUCAGGCAGGAUCCGGAACCUGCUCCCCACCCCACUCCCCUGACCAGCUCCCCGGAAAGUCUUAUUUGCAGCCCACCCCACCUCCUCCCAACUGCCCGCCGGCCAGCGACCGCAGGUGGUGAUAUAUGGAGAUGACUUGAUUUGACCUUGAAGGGAAGAAACAAAUUAAUGUGUCUCGAAAUGAAUUCCGGGAGUCGGUGGCUGGCUGCUCCUCCACCCCCUUCUCUUGGUGCCUCACGAGUUGUGCAUCAUAAUGUGAAAAUCAAUCCUGCCUCUUCAAUGAGGGGCAGCGGGUGGGGUUGCCGGGAAGUCCCCUCCCACCCCGCGUCCUGUCCAGGCCAGGGAGUCGGCAGAAGGGGUGCGGGGCUCAGGGCUGCUGUGGGCUCUGCUCUGCUUGCUGAGGGCUGGCUGAGUCGCCCCAUCUGCAGGGAGGUCAACCCACUGACCGCAGCUGCAAGGCCUUCUGGGUGUGAGCAGGUGUGGGCUGGACGCUGGGGAAGGGAAGGGCGGUCACGUGGAACAGCCUUGCCAGGGCCAUUCUCCAAGGAUAACAGCUAUGAGAGGAGACGCCAAGACCAGUCCUCCCAAUUCAGCAAUUCAGUGCAUGUGCCGAGGGUCUGUGCAGGGCACUAAUUGAACAGCCCAUCCAGGUGUCCCAAUAGUGAACUAUCCGGUACCCCGAGGUGCCCCAUGUCCUUGUUUGCCUUAAGCACGGCCUUUUAGUCUGAUGCUUGACAUGGGGGCCGUGCUGACGCUGGAGGGCCGGUCCCGCUCAGGCGUGGCUGAGCCCUAGGAUAGUGACGGACUCCCCUGCGGGCACACUGUUCAUAUGAAAACCAGCCCGUCCAGACCCCGCACCCCAACCACAUCUCUGUCUCCCUGUUGCACCUGGAGCCGCUCUCUCCGUGCCCUCGUCUUCCCGGUGCUCCAAAGCCCGUGGAGGUUGUUCAAAUCAGCCAAUGGGAACCCCGCUUGCCCUGCUCUCCUUUCCUUCCCACAGAAACCACAAUCCAGGCUCUCCUCACACCCCCGUUCCCUGGGCCUCCUGCAGCCCUGGCUCUCCCGGUGGCCCCUUGGCACGGUGAGCCCCCUCGUGGGAUCUGUGAGCGCCACAAGCUAUCUUCUCCGUGGCAACCACCUCCUGAUCUGUUGUCCUCACCAUAACCGGGAAAAAAAAUAAAGGCCUACAUUUUAAAGCA